GAUGUGUUUCAUUAUUUUUGCAGUGAAACAUUUGUUUAAUGAUGCCAAGAUAUAUUGCAUUCUUUUAUGUUGCAUUUGUUUAACUCUGUGAAGCUGUGUACUUUGCCUGUCUAAACACUGGAUUGGUCUAAUAAAGAGCUGAACAGCCAGUAGCUAGGCAGGAGAAAGAAUAGGCAGGGCUGGCAGGAAGAGAUGACAUAGGAGGAGAAAUCAGAAAAGAUAGAUGGGGAGCAAAAUGAGAAGGGGAGAAUGACACCAGGGUCCAGUGUCCCAGCUAAACAGCAAGCCAUGGAGUAAGAAGUAAAGAAAUAUACAUAUUUUAUUUGGGGAGUAAAGUCUUACACUUAGGCCACUAGCACAUUUUCAUGAAUUUGUGACUAGGGAGAGGCCUUGGGCAAUAAUCUUAGGUGUUUUCCUGGAUCAUUAGCUUACAAUUGACAGUGUUGAAGAUUUUAAGACUGGCACCUGGCAUAAUGGGUUACAGAUAUUGCAAUUGGGCACAAAUAGAGAAAUGAUAGAGGAGGCAGAAUCUUGUACGUUAGGGAACAGGCCUGUAAAAUGUUCAUGGUAUAUGUCACUUCAAGAUGCUGGCAUUGACAGGAUUUUUCAGGGUCCCUUGAUUCACAAUUUAGAGAGUUGUUUAGGGGCAGUAAAGAGGAUAUUGUGGCUAAAGGACAAGGUAAAUAUUAACUCAGCCCCUGUUCUUCUAUGAACUCUGGCUAAGGAGGGUGAAACAGAAUGUCCAAUGGAAAGAGACCAGCAGAGACAAGGCAAAGAGCAAGAGGGCAUUUGGAAGACCAGAAUAAGAUCUCAUUUCACCUCAUUUCAAGGACACAGCCAGUGCUUUGUGACAGAGGCUCACGGGGUCCCUUAGUGGCACACAGUUCUCAAGCUGUGCAUCCUGUGCCUGUGCUCCACUUGUUUUUACAGAUGGCUGAGCAUAGAAUUGGGAUUCUAGUGAGCUUAUUUCUCCUUGAGGUUCUUCUUUUGGAUGCUGCAAAAAUCCUGACUAUAUCUACAAUUGGUGGAAGCCACGAUAUGGUGAUGAGCCAUGUGUCACAAAUUCUUCAAGAACAUGGCCAUAAUGUGACCAGUCUGCUUAAUGAAAAGCUUCUCAAUCCAGAUUUUAAAGAGGAGAAAAUAUCAUACCAGGUUAUACACUGGCAUCUAUCUGAAGAUAAGCAAAAGGAAAUUGAUAAUAGAAGACAACUACUUACAGAGGAAUUAGUUCAUUACAGGUCUAACCAUCACACCAAUGUAAAGAUCUUUGAAUACUUUGCGGACUUAUGCAGUCACUUAUUAAGCAGAAAGGACAUCAUGGACUCCUUAAGGAAUAAGAAUUUUGACCUGUUAUUUUUAGAUGCAACAGAUCCUUGUGUUUUUUUGAUUGCUGAGAAACUUGGGAAACAAUUUGUGGCCUUUCUUCCCAUGCUAUUUGGCAUUAUAGACUAUGGGCUACCACAGUCUUUGUCUUUUGUCCCAGGAUUUGGUUCCAGUUUAACUGACCAAAUGUACUUCUGGGCCAGAGUGAAGAAAAUUCUGAUGUUCCUUGAUUCAUCCAUGAAGCAAAGAGAAAUACUUUCUCAAUAUGAUGGCAUCAUCCAGGAGCAUUUUGCAGAAGGCUCUUGGCCAGUUUUGUCUGACCUUCCACGGAAAACAGAGCUGUGGUUUGUUAACUCUGACUUUGCCUUGGAUUUUGCUCAUCCUGUGCUUCCCAACAUCAUCUACGUGGGAGGCUUAACAGAAAAAUCUGUUAGACCAAUACCUCAAGACUUGGAAGAUUUUAUCACUAAGUUUGGAGACUCAGGUUUUGUCCUUGUGGCACUGGGCUCCGUAGCAACCCUGCAUCAGACCAAAGAACUUAUUAAGGAGAUGAACAGUGCCUUUGCUCACCUCCCUCAAGGGGUGCUGUGGACAUGUAAGGAUGCUCAUUGGCCCAAAGAUGUCAGUAUGGCUCCAAAUGUCAAACUCAUGGAUUGGCUUCCCCAGACUGACCUUCUGGCUCAUCCUAGUAUUCGUCUUUUUGUCACUCACGGGGGAGUGAAUAGCAUAACAGAGGCCAUCCAGCAUGGAGUACCCAUGGUGGGGAUUCCCUUUUUUGGAGACCAGGCUGCAAACAUGAUCCUAGUAGAAGCAAAGAAAAUUGGUGUUUCUGUUCAGCUAGAGACACUCAAGGCAGAGACAUUCAUACUUACACUGAAAGAAGUCAUAGAAGACAAGAGGUACAAGUCUGCAGCAAUGGCCGCCAGGGCCAUCAGGCGCUCCCACCCCCUGACACCUUCCCAGCGUCUGGUGGGCUGGAUUGACCACAUCCUACAAACAGGGGGAGGAGCACAUCUCAAGCCCCAUGGCUUUCAACAGCCAUGGCAUGUGCAGAACCUGCUGGAUGUCCUAUUGUUCCUGUUGGGGCUCACUCUGGGCACCUGGUGGCUGUUGAAGAAAAUGCUGGGCUUGUUGCUCAGGUCCCUGGGUGUGGCCAGGAAGGAAAAGAAGUCAUAAUGUUAGGUUUACCUGGGGGAGGAUGUCUGGAACUCUGGCAUUUUACAGGCCUCCUCCUUCCCUAACACAAGGAACUCCCAGGGUUCUCCUCUUUCCCUCUUCCUGCUGCUGGACCUCCAGUUGUCCUCGCUAUUUUCUGCCUCUUUCCUAACACUCAUACAGUACAUUGACUGACUGGUGACUGUACUACCUGGAUCCCCUUGCUCCUGUACAAUCCUUCCUUUCCCAGCCAUUUCUUCUCUUCACUCCUUUCUGCCAUUGACAGUGUUAUGACAGUUUCAUCCUCUCUGUGACUUCUAGUCUCUGACUCUAAUUUCUCAUAUCAUUUGAGAUAAAAACCCCAAUUAGUUGACAAAUUCUACUUACUCCUCUAUUUUUCUUAUCUUUAUUCUCUCUUUAGAGUUCAGAAUGCCUGGUCUGCUCCAUUCUACUCUUCCUGUCAGGCAGGAACAGCCACUCCUACAAUGUAAUAUGAACCAAUUUGUCUGACAGUGACAACAUAUGAAGUAAACUUAUCUUUCUUGGUAGACAUCAAAAUUCAAGUUGAUAUGCCAUUGAAGGUUUGGAGCAAUCAUUUUUGAUAUGAUGGAUAUGAUAGAUUUAAUAUGUCUGAGAAAUUAUGAUAAGUAAAGAAAAGGAACUACAUUUUAUCCACUUAUUGGAGUAACAGCUAAAGCAGAAAUGACAGAGUAACAGUAAAACAAAAUAAACUAGAGAUUUAUAAAUUGAUACAGAGUCAACUUCAGUGAUAUUAAGUAAGAAGAUAGAAAAAGAAGUGAUAAAUGUAGAAUGUCCUAUUUGAUAGAAGUUCAGGCACAACAAUCAAUGUGUGGCUAUUCAUAAAAUAUUAUUUUUGAAACCAAGUGUACAUGGGAAAAUCCUGUGAUGGAUCAUUUGCAGUGUGUGGAUGAGGAUCACAUUACACAGCUCAUAUUACACACAGUCUCUGGAUUUGCAGGUUUGCUAGUAUUGAAUAUAUAAAACAUGUUAAAAUAGAAAAAUAGUUAAUCCCUUAAAAUAAAAUAUAUACAGAAAUGAAUGCACUUCUUCUCACCAG